AGCAGAAUGUAGGCCAUGCUCCUCUGGCCGUUAUUUUGCGUAUGUUACGUCUGACGUCAGCGCGUCUGCUUGCCGAAUGUUUACAUCCAGCAGUUCUUCUGUUCUUCUGACUGGAUCUUCACAACAACAAAAGGCUGAACACGAGGAAACCCGCUAAGACAGAGAAUAUCAGUCGGCAUUUUCACAAGGUAUUCGCUGUACCGGGCUUCGGUAUGGAGGCGCAGUGGGAGCCAGCGUCAACAUGGGGGGAGCUGUAAGUGCUGGUGAAGACAAUGACGACUUGAUUGACAACCUGAAGGAGGCUUACUACAUCCGCUCAGACCUGGUGGAGCGGGCUUUCCGAGCUAUCGACCGGGCUGACUAUUACCUGGAUGAAUACCGUGACAAUGCUUACAAGGACUUGGCAUGGCGGCAUGGAAACAUCCACCUAUCUGCUCCGUGUAUCUACUCUGAGGUGAUGGAGGCUUUGGAUCUCCACCCUUGCCUCUCCUUCCUCAACCUCGGGAGCGGGACUGGCUACCUCAGCACCAUGGUCGGCCUCAUAUUGGGACCAUUUGGAGUGAAUCAUGGAAUAGAGUUACAUGCAGAUGUGAUUGAGUAUGCCUAUCAGAAGCUUGACUCCUUCAUCAAAACCAGCGACAGCUUUGACAAAUUUGAAUUCUGCGAGCCAUCCUUUGUUGUGGGUAACUGCCUGGAGAUUCCUCCAGAGAGCCGUCAGUAUGACAGGGUGUACUGCGGGGCCGGGGUGCAGAAGGAGCAUGAGGAUUACAUGAAGAACCUGCUCAAGGUGGGGGGCAUCCUGGUGAUGCCUCUUGAGGAAAAGUUGACCAAGAUCACGCGCACAGGGCUGAACAGCUGGGAGACCAAAAAGAUCAUUUCUGUGUCCUUCGCUCCUCUGGUGCUGCCUAAACACAUCACAAAUGGCAAACCCAAGGCUGUCCCACUACCCAAGUAUGAGGUACGGACGCUACAGGAGCUGGCCCGUAUCUGCAUCCGCCACACCCUCCGAGUGACCACCGACGGAGGAGACAGCCAAUCGCGCGGCCGCGGUUCCUCGUUCAGCGUAGGCAGGGGUCUGGCGGUGGCCGGCCUCCACAAGUACGGCCCUCGCUUCAAGCGCAGACGCGUCCACCGGCGCCACUGCAACGCCCUGGUCCUGGCCACGCGUCAGGUGGUGGCCAGCAGUGGCUUCGGCCCCGCUCCCCUGGACAGCAACAACAACCAGGGAGGAAGAGCGGAGGACGAGGAGGAGGACGCGGCGGCGGGAGAGAGGGAGGCGAGGCGGCAGAUGAGAGGGAGCAGGAGGGCGGGGAGAGGAGCAGGAGGGCCAGCGGCGGCAGCGGUGGUGGAGGAGGACGAGACGGUGGAGGAAGAAGACGAAGAGGAAGAGCACGAGGAGGAGGAGGAGGAGAAGGAGACCGGGGAGCUGCUCCGACCCCAGCCGGCCAUCAACGUCCUCCGAGAGAGGAUACUGGGCCUGCCGCUGCCCGAGCCACUGAAGAUGUACCUGCUGUACUACAGAGAGAAAUGAGCCACGGCCAUGUUGGGAGUCAGAGCUCGGAGCUGAGCGCGACGACCGCACAGAGGCUGAAGUCUCUGUUACAACCCCCCCACCACCUGUACAAGGCAGGACUAGGACUAGGGCUGGGUACCGAAUUCAAUACUUUUUAGCCACGGACCGAAUUCCCUCUGUAGUAUCGAAAAAAAAUGCCUCGUCAUUCAAUACCAAAUUUCAAUACCUAAAGGAAUAAAUCUCAUCAGCAUCAGUGAGCCUAUAAGCAUGCGGCAUGCUUCCACCAAGAUCUAAUAAUGCUGCUGAUUGGCCGUCUAACGUUACACGUCGUAGAGGCAGGCAGGAAAAACUCUACGUUACGCACAGAGACGGGGCUCACGUGGUAGGAGCCGAAAAAUAAAUAAAAAGAUUUGUGCUGUAAUGUUGGAAUUUAUUUUUGUUAAAAUGGAUUUUUAUAAAAUUGGUAUCGAAAAAAAGUUUCGCUCGGGAGCCGGUAUCGACGUCACGGUAUUGGUAUUGGUACCGAUAUCGAAGAUUUUUGAACGAUACCCAGCCCUAGGCAGGACAACAUGCCAUCUACCUUACUGAGGGGGGGGGGGGUGAUCUCUUUCUCUCUCACCUGCUCUCGUCUUCUCCAUCAUCCAUUCUCUGUCCAACCCCCUUCUUUUUGCCCGGCUCCCACUGUUCUUUUACUGACUAAUUUCCUGACACUAUAAAAGCGUCAUCCAAUUCAUCCAGUGGAGGGGGAAGUGGGGGUCAAUGUUUCAGACAACCAAACAGUCACUGAUGUAAGCUCUGUGUCUCCAUUGAGGCGCAAAAAAAUAUAAAUAGAUUUAAGUACGUAAAGUAUACACAGUUUUAUCGAUUCGCUCUGCACCUCUGUAUGUCCAACAUGCCAAUCAAGCCUUGCCUGACAACAGCUUAACAGUGGCCUGACUAUCCUAGUAAAAGGCGAUUUAGUGGUGCUGAGAAAAGAGAACCGUCAUUGUUUAGGCUACAGCGGCAGACCAGACGUCGCACGUCGAGUUCAGACGCUGUAGCAGCAGGCAGAGAGAGCAGCUCACCCAGAGACCAGAAGGCACAGGACUGUCCCAGCUCCUUUCUGUCCACUACUUGCAGCUGUGCCCCGAAUUAGAGAUUAUACAUUGAUUGUAUAAAUCGCGUGGAACUCGUUUUGUCCACAAAUGGUGGUGUGUAUUCUCAUCUAAUGGGGAUGGUCUGCUUCGAGAAAGGAAGACAGAGUGGGCCCAAAGAUCAACUUUGUGAGGGAAGAAAAUGUGCAUUCAAAGAGAGAUUUCUUUCUUUCACUAUAUCCUAUUCAAUUAUAUUAUAGCUAGAGCUAGUGACCAAGAUGGUGUGAUGGUUGUGAUUAUUUCCACUGAUUUCCAAAUAAAAGGGGUAGGUUUGUCUUGAAGCCUCAGUCCAUUAAAUAAUGUAACUUUUC